AUGAGUAGUCAUUUUCCGCAUUUGUUGACCGAGUUCAAUCAAGUUGACUCGAGAGGAUACACUUCAAACGCGAAGUCCAUAGAGUUUGGACCAUGGCAUAUAUCAUUUGAUGUAAGCUGUAUUCUUCCAAGUAUGUGCUCAACCAAAAUUGUUUGUGAACGAGAUGAUGAUCAGUUCUGCCAGUUUUGUAUAUACAGCAGAGAAUUAAGCAUACCACAUUUUCCUGAUAUGAUAUUUCCAAAGAAUAUUCUCAUGUUACAGCAUACCAAUGGUGCUAAGAUAGAGUUUAAUCCUCUUGAUGCAUUAAAAAGAGUGUCAGUUAGAACCGAGGCUAUUGAAGUAUCAUGUGCAGAAGAAUGGCUAGAAAGCAGGCCAGGUGCAACAAAAAAGAAACAACCUUUUGAUUGGACCUUUUCAACAGAUUACAAAGGAACCUUGUCUGGCAAUUUAACCGUCCAAGAUUCACAAGAGACAAUUGACUUUGAACUGCUAAAAAAGAAAGAACAAAUAUUAUUCUAUCAUGAUCUUACAUUAUUUGAAGAUGAAUUACAUGAUCAUGGGAUUUCAAAGCUAUCAGUAAAAAUUAGAGUGAUGCCAACAUAUUGGUAUGUCCUGUUGAGAUAUUUCUUAAGAGUAGAUGAUGUCCUUGUUCGUUCCUUUGAGACCAGAAUGUUUCAUCUAAUCAAUACAGAUUAUGUAUUAAGGGAGUUUACUGCCAAAGAAGCAAGGGCGCAGGAUUUAAAUAUGCCCACAUCACUCAUGAAGGAUGCAGAUGAUGUUAUACCUCACUUGCCCGUCAAAGAAAAAGUAACAGAUAAACUGGUUGUGAAUAUAAAUAAUUAA